UUUUUUUUUGUUUUCUUUUCUUUUUUUCUUUUAUUUUAUUUUUCUUUAUCAUCUUGAUGCUUUUGUGAUUUUAUCUUUAUUCCAUUAUUAUUUACCUUUUAAUUAUAUACCCUCUUUCUUCUUCUUCUCUCAUUCUUAAACAAAUACUUUUUUUUUUGUUUUUAUUCUCUUUACGCAUACAUACCCUGUUUCAUUAAACCAAUUUUUUUUUUUAAAAAAAAAAGGCAAAACUCAAUCAAACAAGAACAAUGACACCAUCAACAGAAGAUCUUUGUAUAUCAAAACUCAAUACUUUGACAUUACCUGACAAAGAAAGGGAUAUCUUAUUGAAUCAACAUACCUCUCUUACCUAUGAAGAAAAAACAAACCACUUAUCUACUAUAACUAAUACUGUCUCUGAGUGGAUUGAAACUAUACACCUUGCUCUAUUCACUAUGGAACAAAAUAUCAAACAACAUAAUACUGAUAUUACAAAUGAUACUCAUUUACUUGAUGAAGCUGUUCAACGUAUGGAUCCUAUUAUUACUUCUUUGAAUGAUAUUGUGGACGUGAUGGAUGAUUCUAGUGAUGAAAUCAUUUCACUCAGUACAAAAGCAAAUAUCACAAAAUUACAAUCUGAAUGGUCUGGACUUCAACAUUUUCUUUCUUCUGUCAAACAAUCUUUUUUGGCCAUGGAUGAAGAAAAACAAUUACGACAAUGGAUGGAUCAAGUAUUGGUACAAAUUGAAGAUUUAUCUACUCUUGUAUUUCGAUAUCAAGAACAACGUACUGGUGUUCAAGAAAAAUCAACCAUUUCAUCAGUAUUAUUGACAUCAUCAACAUCAUCUUCAACAUCUUCUCCAUCUGCAUCAUCAACAACUUCAGCAACAGUAACAACAUCUGAUAUGAUCGAUACUACUACAACAACAACAACUAAUGAAGAUAUUAUAGUAGAAAUUGACAAUCGCGUUGGACCACUGUUUGAUCAAGUAGACAAGAUUUAUAAUCGAAUGAUAUCUGAUUCACCUCCAACGGAUACUACUGGCAUUCUUGUCAGACGACAUCGAAAAAUUCAGGAACGCUGGGAAUGUGUACGUGUAGAAAUCGACGAACUCAGGGCAGAUCGAAAGGAAGAAAGAUGGUUGGCUGUAUUCAAACAAGUGGCCGAUCAAGUAGAAGCAAUGAUGGACGGACUCGACAAAACUGUAGAACAAUGUCAAGUGAUGAUACAACAAGUACGCGAAUGGCAAGGUUUUCAACAUGUCGCAUCUUCUUCUUCAACAACUACUGUUACUCCUCAACAACAAUACCCUGUCCCACCAAAAGGAAUCCUAAGAUCAUCAAAAUCACAUCAUUCUUCAGCAUCUAUAUCAUCCAACUCAUCAUCAGGUUCUGCUGGGUCUUCUCCUCCUCCUCGUCCUGUAGAUCAUAUCAAAUUACGAUCUGUGGAAAAGAAUUUUGAAGCCAAAUACAAGUAUUGCACUCCUCUUAUUACCAAAAUGUUAUCCAUGCUAGGUGAUGGUAUUGCUGCACGAGUGGCAGAAAACAAUUAUACAGUAACGCGACAUCAACUUAUGGUACGACGCUGGCAACAACUCAAAUCGAAUAUGGAUGAUCUCCGAAUACGUGAUUUACCUGAUAUUGAAAGAUUGGUCAUGUUUGAACGUCCUAUCAGUCCUGCUUGGUCCAAGGUUAGUGAUCGUAGUGACAAGAGUGGUAGCAGUUCCCAACGGUAUAAAAGUCCUGAACCUGCAUUAUAUGAUAUGUUUGACUAUCGAUCAUCAAACAAUAGUAUUGGAUCUUUGGGUGGACGUGCACGAAGUCCCUUAUCAUUACAACAACAUGGAAACAAUGGAUAUAUGUCGCCCACUUCUCAACUCUAUGGAAUGCAAGAAGAAUUACGCCGUGGAAGAAGUGUUACUCCAAGUAGUGGUACGGGUAGUUGGGAUCAUAUCAGUUUAUGGCGAUCAACAAAUGGAUCUAGUCCAGUACAUGGUAAAUCUAUAGGAAGAACAACAAGUCCUUUAUCCUCUUUUCAUGAUAUUAUGAAACCAAGCACUUCUGAUACACCUUCCAUUGAUUCAAAUUCUCAUCGGUCCACUCAACAAUAUUCUACAACAUCUCCUUCAUUAUGGCAAGAAGAUAUACCAUCCAGACAGUCACCUGCUUCAGUUCCUAGUCGAUGCAGAAGUAGACAAGAAGAGUUACCAUACGGAGGACGACGAUCUGUAACACCAGUACGACGUUCUGGUACACCAUCCAUGAUCCCACGACCUAAAACACCAUCUCAAGACCACGGAGCAAGUCAAAUACCAAGACCAAGAUCUUCUAUGUUACAAUCAGCACCUUCUAGCCGGGUUAUGAUGACACCUUCCCCUUCAUCAUUUUAAAUAUUCAUCACCCAUUUUGAAUCAACAAUCACGGAUGAUGAUGCAUGAUGAAAGACGAUUACAUUCUCAAACACCUCCAACAACACGACGUUAUUAUGAUUUGGAAGAAGAAGAUGAAGAUGAUUAUGAUGAUGAUGAUCUUGUAUUUACUCAACAACAUCAACAACGACAACCAUACAUACCUGAUCCAAAAGAUCCAUUGGAUGUAGAAGUAGCAAAAAUCAUCAAUGGCAAUCCUAUCCGAAUAUUAUG